AUGUCUAUGUCAUUCGGAUCCGCUUCUGUCGAGGACGCUCCAGAUGCAGCUAUCGCACCAAGUCCAUUCGACAGUCUUCGUAAAACCAGUGUGCAGCAUGAAGUGCACCGCAAACUGAUCGAGGACUGGCAAAUGAUCGAGCAUAGAGAAGGUGGAUACUUCAAGGAGACUGACAGGUCUCCAUUCACUAUGACUGUUGGAGAACAGUCCAUGGCGGUCAAAUGUGACUCUAGUGCUGGAACGCAAGAAGAGAACACUGUCUCUAGGAACUAUUCUACACUGAUCUAUUACUUAUUGACAUUGAAAUCCCCAAUAGGCAAACUACAUAAGAACAAGAAUCGGAUCAUCCACAUCUUACAACGGGGGAAAGGUCAGUAUGUUCUGAUCUACCCAGACGGCAAAAUCAAGUCCUUCCGUGUCGGGUUUGACUACGCCAAUGGUGAAGUCUCCCAAUGGGUCGUCCCCGGAGGAGUCUACAAAGCCAGUUUUGUGGCGUUGAACGACGAGUUCCACAACGGAUUGUUGAUCAGUGAGGUCGUUGUUCCAGGGUUUGAUUUCGACGAUCAUAUGUUCAUGCCAAAUUUCCAGACCUUGGUUGAUUUGGUGGGCAAUUCCCAGGCUGAAAAGUUAAAGUUCUUGCUGUAG